UUACAAGGGAAUUGGCGGAGGACAGUAAGUGAAGUCUAAUUCCGCAACAAGAUCGCUUCUUUCUCCAUUCAUAUUCAUAAACACACCUAAUGACUCAUGCCCACCGAUUUCUAUGCAAGAACGGCGUCGUAUCACCUGCACCUGACAUUCCUCCAGUUGCAGCUUUCCUCGAAGCUCAACCAGGUGCAUACACAACCACUCGCACCCACAGCAAUGUCUCGCAGCUCUUAUUCUGGGAAAGGCAUCUAAGUAGGAUAUCCAAUUCCUUCAAAUUGUUGUUGCGAGAAAAGCCUGAUUUAUUACUCCAAAACCCCAUAAAUGAUACUACUACAUUUUGGGAAUUGUCGACCCGUUCAGCGAUGUGGGACUCGGUGAUUAGGUCUCUAGUUCGUGAUUCCAUGAGAAAGGUGAUGCCUUUAGCUCUCAUGGGGAGGAAUUUGGGGGAGGAAUUGGCGAUUACUGUGCUUCUGAGUGGAAAUGGGAGGAUUUUGGAUUUAUGUGGAGGUAGGUUUGAUGAAGGACGGAUUUCUGAGGUGUUGGAUGUGUAUUUACACGUAAGCGGCUACAUUCCGGCUGCUUUUGGGUCUAGAGAGUGUGCAAAUCGCUUGGCACUCGUGGGCCGUGGAAGGGAUUUUGCGAAUGCAAAGUAUGCUGAUUGGGUCAGGUACUCUUUUGGGCUGAGGAAGAGCUUGGAGAGGUUGAGGCCACCUUCCGUUACUGAGCUUUUGUUAUCAAAUGAUGGUGAACGAAUACUGGAAGGCUGUCUGACGAACUUUUUCAUUAUUAGCUUGAAGGAGAAAGAUGAAGAUGCUAGUCAUGCUGAACAGAGUGAAUUACAAAGCUGGAGUGGUAUAGAAGUUCAGACUGCUCCCUUGAGUGACGGUGUUCUUCCUGGAGUUGUGCGCCAAGUAAUUAGAGACAUAUGUUUAAGUAAUGGAAUUCCUUUUCAAGAAGUUUCACCAUCAUGGUCGAAGCGCGACUUGUGGUUGGAAGCGUUUGUCACAAAUGGUCUUAGGAUUAUACAGCCUGUAGAGACAAUCCAAGCUCCGUGUGCUUGGGAAUCCAUUGAAUCAAGUAGUUGGAAGGAGAUACAAUGGGUGGAGAAAAGAUUUCAGAACAGACCUGGGAUGAUCACAUCAAUGUUACAGAAGGAGAUUUUGGAGAGAGCCAGUGUUGAGUCAUAUCCCAUUGCUUCGUUUUGGGAAGGAUGGCCCAUUGUGUGACCUCCAUUGAGCCCGUUGAUGAAGCAAUCAUAUUAAUGCCAUAAUCCGCAUUCAAGACAAAGUUGUUGUUGUCUAAGGAACAGGUUCUUCAUGACCCUAAAAUAGAAAGUGUUCAUUUGUUUAAAGCUCUCUUCUACAGGUGGUGAAGAAACUUACUAUGUGAGUUUUGUAGGACAAAAGCACAUUGAACAACUUCACACAUUCAUAGGCAAUGCUCACUUUAGUUCCUUUGUAAGCUUGCUUCGUUUCGUUAAUGUGAGUUUGGUUCCUUGUCAUCGGAUAUAGGUUGCACGUUUCCCUGUUUCUUGGCAAAACCGGACACACUUGUGUGCACUCUAUAAGGGCAGAGGCAUCUAAAGAAUGCAUCGGAGAAGGUGUGUUUGGAGUUCUCUCUUUUACCAUCAAGAGAAGAGGCUAUUCGAUUUGUAAGAUUAUAUCUAGGGAUUCCCUAAAUAUGUAUUAUGUUUAGAUCAUGACAUUGAAUCUCACAAUUAAUUCUAGAUGGAUAAUCAUAUGAUAAUUAGUCAUAGCCACUCCACUACAAUUAAAAUAAUCUCACACUCAAUCAUAAAUCAUAGAUGGAUUAUCAUGUA